AUGGCAAAUUAUCCUGGUGCUAAUUACUUUGGCGGUGAUUAUGGUGUAAACUAUUCUGGUGGUAAUUAUGAUGAUGAAUUCGAUUGGAAAAAUUCUUACUCCCAAAAUACUCAGAUUAAUUCUGUCCCGGUUGACAGUUUUCGAGAAAUGGAAGCUGUUAUGCGUCAAAUUAAUGAGAAGUGGGAUUUUAUGAAUUCUGAAAACUUUAACCCUGUAUCUCUUGCGCUACAAUUACUGGAUGAUAGUUCACUUGGGAAAGACUAUAAGGCUUUUCAACAAACAAAAGCAAGCCUUGACAGAGCGCUUCAAUUUAUUGUUAAUGAUUAUUAUCACGGGUUCAAUAGUUCAAUUGGUACAUUUGGCGGCGUUAUGAAGAAUAUUGGGGAUUCUCAGGAAAGAGUGAGAGAGAUGAAAUCACAACUUAAAGCAUGUAAAGAGGCUUUGUUAUCAAAAAGAUCUGAUUUACUUCAAUUAUGGUUCCGAAGCCAACAAUAUAAAGAGAUGAUUCGUAUAUUAGAUUUAAUAGAGGAUUUCAAGGGUGCCCCUGAAAAAUUAGAAGGGUUAUUAAGAGAAAAACAUUUUUUAACUGCUUCAAAUUUACUUUUGGAAUCCACACGAAUGUUGGAAAAAAAAGAAAUGAUUGGAAUUAGUGCAUUAUCUGACUUGCGACGAUAUUUCAAGGCGCAACAGAGUUCCCUUCACGAACAUUUGAUUGAGGAAUUACAUAAUCAUUUAUAUUUGAAAAGCUCAUACUGCGAUAGUCGUUGGGUUAAAUAUACGAAGGAUCAGAAAGAAUUGCCUUCACCGCUAAUGGAAUGGAAUUCUGGACGCGAUAACCGUAAAAUGAAUUAUAUAGGAGCAAAAAAUAAGAAAAAUUUAUAUGUUAAUACUACUGGUUCUUCUGGGGUUAUUAUGAGCCCAAGGUCGCCAAAGCCCUUUAUCAAUAUUAAAGAUGAAGAUGAUGAGAUUAUAACAGAAAAUCUAGAUAUCAAUCCAGAAACAGAUUCAUUUUAUUACAUGGAAAUUUUAAUAGAGUCUCUCGCAGUUUUAAAAAGAUUACCUCAGGCACUUGAGACAAUUACUCAAAGAAUACCAAUUGAAUUGUACCAACUAGUUGAUAAAACAGUUGCAGAGGUCGAAGAAAGGAAUGCAAAUUCAUUUGUAACGCUAGCGAAUAAAUAUGAUAUGACUGAUGUUUUUUCCCUUGAAUCUCCUGAAAAUGACGCGCAAUUGGAGGCAUUGAGAGAUCUUCUAUGGACUCUUUAUUCAAAACUAGAUGCUGUUUUACAAGGACAUCGAUUUAUUCUUGAUGUUGUUGAAAGAAUAAACAAGAUUCGUACACUUCUACGUGAUUAUAUCACAGAUGAUGAAAGAGAUUCUGCGUCCAUAGAUGCUCCAGACGCAAUACUUCAGGAUCUUAUGAAAGAGAAGAAAUCUCGUGACUCUUCUAAACAAUUAUUUAAAUUUGGAGACGCUGAUCUGAAUUCGUACGCUGCCUUUGAUCAGCAAUAUGAAACAGACAUUAAAAUGACGCUUCAAAAAUCUCUUCCAGAGACGUUCUCUAAAGCUCCAGAUGAAAGACAACUUUCAGUAUUUGUUAUAGAUCGAUUUGCAAAUACGAAUAUAACUGCUGGACAUCGUCUUGUAGUUAAUCCGGACGCUUUUAAUGUUUCUGUUUUGUUUAAACCCACAUCAGCCUUUUUGGAAAAAGUUAAAACAAUGUUACCUCCUAGCGAUCAUCGAUCAUCGGAAGAUUUCACUACUUUUCUUGAUGAUUUUGUCUCCAAUGUGUUUUUGCCUCAAAUUGGAGAUAAAAUUUUUGAAUUUUUUCAUAAAGCCACAUCUGAAGCUGAUGCUUUUCAAGAAGAUCCAAACUAUAAGAGUUACACAACUCUCCCUGUAGUCAAGAGUGCGGCAUCAUUGAUGAUAAUUGUUGAGCGCUUAUGCGUUAUGCUUCAAACUAUGGCAAGCCAUAAAGAAGAAUUUAGCAAAAUGAUUAUAUCUUUACUCACACGUUAUUACGUAAAAUGUUUUGAACGAUAUCAAGCUAUUGUUUCAAAAAACUCGGGCGAAGCAGAUUCGAGAGGUACCGGAAAUCACCAAGGAAUUAGUGCUACUUGGGUACAGCAAGAUCAAUUAUCUGAAAUUUUAGGACAGUAUCCAUAUCUUGAUGAUGAUACUGUCAAAAGCCGUCGAAGGCGUAAAUUGCUAUGUGAUAAAGAAACAAAAGUCGAGAUGCAUCUUAAGAAGAAACGAUAUAUUCGCACAGGAGAAUUGAUAAUGGAAAACAAAAAGAUGACUGCUUUGGGAGCUUUAUAUCACAGCUUGAAAUGGUUUGUUGCCAAAAUUUGGGAACUACGUGGGAAAGGCAGUAAACCUACUAAUUUGACAGCUACAAAAACAGAUGAUACCACAAAAAUGGAUGAUGGCAAAUUGGCGAAAAGAAAUCGGAGGUGGUCGCAAUUUGGUGAAAUUAACCCUAACCUUGAACCUAAAGAUGAUGAAAAAAAGAAGGAUGAAGACCAAAAUACCGGUUUAUCACUGACAGAUGAAAUGACUAAUCGUUUCGAUGCCUUAUUAGCAACAUUUCAACAAUUAGCGGAACAGUGUCUAUUCACAUUGAGAGUUGAACUUCGUUGUCAUAUUAUGCAUUAUAUAGAUUUGGCAAUGCGUGAGGGAAAUUAUCAACUUGACUAUGAAGCUUAUGAGCCAGAUCCACACGUCUUAAUAUUAAAUACGGACAUGGUAAAAUUUGAAGAAAGUAUAUCUUCUAAUCUGCCAUUAAAAGAACACAGAUUUGUAUUUGAAGGUCUGGAUGCACUUAUGGAACAUGUUUUAGUUUCUAAUGCUACAUAUAUUAGGAAUUUAAAUAGCAAUGGUAUUACGAAAAUGUCACGUAAUAUCCUUGCAUUACAACAAAAUUUGAAAAAUAUUGUUGAUAUGCCUGGCGAAAUUUCUUUGGACAAGGCAAGAAUAUACUAUGAAUUAUAUAAUACUGGUCCAACAAAUGUGCUUGCGCAAAUUAGAGAGCAAGGGGCUAUCUUUUCAUUUGACGAGUACAAGACUAUGUUGGAAAUUAUGCAUAAGAUCGAUCCAACAUUAGAUGCGCAACAAUUAACGGCGACUAACAGACGAGAUAGCCCAUCAGCAAAUAGAAAAUUAUAUAAUGAGCAUCUUUUAGAAUUAAAUGAAUUAAUGCUUGAUUUUCUUUAA